UAUAUUUUCCAGACGAUGGCAGUAAAAGAACGCAAACAAAUGGCAGCGGACUUCCGGCUGCGAGGCUGGAGGUCGGCCAUGUUUGCGUGUGUCUGCGGCGGCGGUGUGGGGAGGUGAGGAGCGCUGAGGCGGAGGAUGCUGCUCUGUCCGCUAAACACGCCAGUCCGCUGAGGGAAACGGACGCGGCCAUGGCCUCUGACAGCUGUUUGUUUGUGUGGUCUGAUCAGUGUGUCAUUGUCUGUCCCCUCUCCCUCUCUCUCCUCCUGCCAGUCACCCCAGAGGCCAUCGGCUUCCUAUCGGCUGUGGGGGUCUUCAUUGUGGCGCUGGCCGUCUUCUUCCUCUUCAUUAACAAGAAACUGUGUUUCUCCCGUGUUGGCGGAUUGCCCUGCCUGGAGCACAAUAUCCACGGGAAGAAAGGACGAAUGGGUGUCCACCAAGGUCUCGUGAACAGUUAUGGCAACGAUGACGAUGCCACCAGCUCCUCCGACAGCGAAGAAGAGAUCCUUAAACAGUUUGAGAUCUCGCUGUCGCGUUCACAGAGUUUUCGCACUGCGGAAACUAACAGCGGAAAACCUCAGUCCCAGCUGACCCAGCCAGGCCCGGGCCGACACCACAAAUUCACUCGGCUGCUGUCGGACAAGGAAGAGGGUAGCACAGAGCCAUCAGACUGUGAAGCUGGCAUGGAGAAUCAAAACCAACCAGAUUCUGAAGAUCCACUCUCUGCAGCAGUAAAAAAGAACGACCAGACAUCUCCGGACACACCCAUUGGGGCUGAUGCCAAUCCAACCCCCAGUAUGAGUCGAGAGGUUGCAGAUGGCGGUGUGGACAUGGACACGGCUGUUGCUCAGCAGAACUCUGACAACAAUGACCCCACAGACAGCUCCUCUACCUGGACACCUGAGCAAGAGCAACCUUCUCAUGAUGAGGACCCAUCUCAGGCUGUUGGUUCUUCACCCCAAACCCCGAUAUCUAAAUGUGGUGACCUGGCUUUGUCCCUGGAGUACCAUCCUGACACAGAGAAGCUGGUGGUCUGUGUGAUCACAGCGCGGGAUGUUCCAGACAAGGCACGGAGUGGUAUGGACUCCUGGCAGGUUCAUAUGGUCUUACUGCCCUCUAAGAAGCAACGCCACAAGACCUCGGUACAAAAAGGAUCGCUGCCGCACUUCAACGAGACGUUUCGCUUCUCACGUCUGGAGCCAUCUGACCUGCCGAUGUCAGCCAUCAGGUUUCGGCUGUACGCCCUCAGUGGCAGGAUGUGUCGUGAACGCAUGAUGGGCGAGAAGGUUCUGUGGCUCAGUGGGCUCAACCCAAAUGGAGGAACAGUGGAAAUGACACUGGUUAUGGAGCCGCGCAGUAAUCUGAAGGCUGUGGACUCUCAGCUGAGCCUGUCUGCAGUGUCUCAGAGUGACAGUGCCUCAUCCACCCAGUCUCUGACCCAUGGCGGCGUCCCCGAGCUGCUGGUGGGCCUCACCUACAACGCCACCACAGGACGCAUGUCUGUGGAGCUCAUUAAGGGCAGCCACUUCAGAAACCUGGCGAUCAACAGGCCACCAGACACCUACGGGCGACUCGCACUACUUAACUCAGUCGGUCAGGAGAUUUCACGUUGCAAGACAUCAGUGCGGCGCGGCCAGCCCAACCCUGUCUACAAGGAGACCUUCGUCUUUCAGGUCGCACUGUUCCAGCUGUCGGAUGUGACGCUUCUCGUUUCCAUCUACAACCGGCGCAGCAUGAAGCGCAAGGAGAUGGUGGGCUGGAUCUCUCUGGGCCAGAACAGCAGUGGUGAGGAGGAGCAGCUCCACUGGCAGGACAUGAAGGAGAGUCAAGGCCAGCAGGUCUGCCGCUGGCAUGUCCUGCUGGAAGCGUAACACUGCAUGUGGCUGCAGGAUAGCAGAGCUGAGCUCAGGAAUGCUUCUGACUGGC